GAUAUUUCGUGUGACGUCACAAACGGAAGCGGCCGCCAUUUUGAAGGCUUCCCCCAGAUGAUUCAUCGACACGUUUCAGUUACUGUACUAUUUUUAGCAAAUAUGGUGAUUAAGUGUUCUAUAUUUGGCUGUGUAAAUAGGAAAGACAGAGAGAAUGACCUACAUUAUUAUCGUAUACCUAAGGUGAUCACGAGGCAAGGGUUAGAAUGUGAGAAAUUAAGUUCUGAUCGGCAACGCGUAUGGCUUGCAAGAAUAGGACAGGACUUCACAAACAAAAACAUGGAUAAUGUCCGUGUAUGUUCAGCUCAUUUCGUCAGCGGUGAGAAAGCCUAUUUGCAUGACCAUUUGAAUCCUGACUGGGCACCAAGUGUGAAUUUGGGUGGUAGGCCUGCCAGUACACCUGUCAACACAAAUAGAUUUCAGCGCCAGGUUUCAAGGAAAAGGCGUCUGGUUGAAUUUGAACUUCCUGAGGAGACAAACUUAGUUGACGACCAUGUGUAUAGUAAGGCUAUUGAACAUGUAGAUGUAGAGGAAGAAAACACAGGUGUUUCAGUUCAAACUGAUUUAGACGCCCCUUUAAUGCAUGCCCAUUUUGAGGAAAUACAAAAGUUAAGAAGUGAGAAAUGUGAACUUGAGUUAACAGUUAAUUCAUUGGAUAAGUUUGAUGUUGAAUUCUUCAGGGGCAAUGAUGACAGGGUGAAACAUUUAACUGGAUUACCAUCAUUUUUGAUGAUACAACUUUUGUUUGAAUUUAUAGAACCUUAUUUACCAAAUUGUGUUGUUCUGAGCAAAUUCAAGCUGAUGACAAUGACAUUAAUGAAAUUACGAAUGAACCUGUCAAACAUAUUCUUAAGUUAUGUUUUCGGAAUAAAUCAAUCGUCUGUUUCAAGAUUGUUCAUAAAAACCAUUGAUGUGAUGUUUAAAAGAAUGAAAAAACUUAUUAAGUGGCCAGAAAGAGAAACACUUAGGAAAACAAUGCCAAUGGAAUUCCGUAAAUACUUUGGGAAUAAAUGUGCCGUGAUUAUUGAUUGUUUCAAGGUAUUUAUAGAAAAACCGACAGGACUGAAAGCCCGUGCACAAACCUGGUCAUCUUACAAACACCACCAUACCAUCAAAUAUUUAAUCGGGAUCACGCCACAGGGUAGUGUUUCGUACAUUUCGGAUGGAUGGGGUGGAAGGGUUAGUGACAAGCACAUUACCGAAAAUAGUGGUUUUUUAAGUAAAUUGUUACCAGGUGACCUUGUGCUGGCUGAUCGUGGUUUUGAUGUGAAGGAAAGUGUAGGGUCUGUCUGUGCGGAGGUGAAAAUACCUGCUUUUACCAAAGGAAAGGACCAACUAUCAGCGUUGGACAUUGAGUCAACAAGAAAACUGGCCCACUGCCGAAUUCAUGUAGAAAGAGUUAUUGGGUCUGUACGACAAAAAUAUACUAUUUUAAAUGGUUGUUUACCUAUCAAUUUUUUAAUGACAAAGGACAGUGAGGGUAUAACCACUAUGGAUAAAGUAGUAACUGUGGCUUGUGGAUUGGUAAAUCUAUGUGAUUCCGUAGUGGAUUUUAACUAAAAAUGGAGAACAUAUUGUAUAUUUUUCUUAUAUGCUUGACUUAAUUCUUCAUUGUUGUCAAUGUAUAUCAUGAUAUGCUUAUUAAAAGUUACAAAGUGCAACAAAAUCAACAAGUUUUAAAUUUUUUCAGGACAUUUAAUAAGUAGCAAACA